AUGGAAGUAUUCAAAAUUAUUAAAGGGGCCGAAAAAGCAGAAGAUGGAGGAGGGCAGAAUUGGGUGCUGAAGGUUCAGUCCUCAGCUGGGCCUGGUCCUCCUCCCACUCUGCCCCCAGCCCUGUCUGUGCCUUGCAGGUUGGACCAGACGUUCACAGUGAAGGUGGCGGAUUUCGGCCUGGCCCGGGAUGUCUUUGAUAGGGAAUAUUACAGUAUCCGGCAUCACCGCCAGGCCAAGCUGCCCGUCAAGUGGAUGGCGCUCGAGAGCCUGCAGAUCCAGAAAUUCACCACCAAGUCGGACGUGUGGUCCUUCGGAGUCCUCCUGUGGGAGCUGCUGACACGUGGGGCCCCACCAUACCCCGAGGUGGAUCCCUACGACAUAACGCACUACCUUCUGAGUGGCCGGCGCCUGCCGCAGCCUGAGUACUGCCCGGACUCACUGUGA